UUAUCGUUUUAAGAUCUUUAGCUUUUCCUACAGCAUCGUGGUACCUAACUUUUUGAAAAGCAUCAUUUCUGAGGAAUGAUACUUCCUGGGACAAGGUAACAUAGUCUUCGCCAAGUGACUCAGUUUGAGAUAUAUGUAUACAUACACAUUUUUUUUUCAAUGUCAAGUGACCCAAACUUACAGAGAAAAAGUGGGCAUUGGUAUCAGUUUGAUGUCAGGGUUUUCCCAUGUUUGUGGCUUUAAAUACAAUGUGAUCUGAAGGCAUUUGAAGUCAUUUGAAGACUAAGCUCCAGCUCUGUGUCAAGAUGCUCCUGGCUGUGGUCCUUGCCUCUGCCCUGUUCCUCUGCUCUUCAGCCAGCCAGGGGUGUUUCACUUUGACAGGGAUCAGGAAUGUUGUGUACCUCAUCGACAACCUGCAGAAAGACACGUCUUCAAAAUGCAGCUGCAGCACCAAUGCGACUGAUUGUUUGUGUCUGCCCAUUUCCUCUGGCAACUGCUCCACAGCAUGCUUCCAAGAGGGCUUGUCACAGAUGAGCAGCUCCACAGUGAACACGAGAUUCCACCUAAUUGUCAACCAGGUGAAGAAAAUAGUCGUAACCCUCAAGAACAACAAGUGUGGAUCUUUUGCCUGUGAACAGCCAUGCAACCGAACCACAACAGGCAAUACGCUGACAUUUCUGAAGGCUCUGCUGGAAAGUUUCCAGAAUGACAGGAUGAGAGGCAAAGCAUGAAGCUGAAAUGUUAUUUAUUCUAUUUAUUGAAUUUAGAAAGCCUCCUCUUUAAGUUGUUGUAAUU